GGGAGUGACUGUACCUUCUAUAGAUGGCCUUGGUGGUGCUCCUUUUUGAUGCCCAAUUCAAAUUUCAGCCCUCGCUCACUGGCAGUAUGCAGCUUAAAGAAGAGCUGUCAGUGGAGCGGACUGCUGCUCUGUUUUCUUAUGAAACUGCACGCUAUCAGCUGUCUGGCCGUGACUUUUCACGCCAGUUCUACCAUGUCUACUCAUCACGCCUGAAGGCAGUUGAGGAGCGCCUGCGUGCAGCCGCAGCUGAAAAAUGGGGCGGGGUGGCGGUGGUGGCCGUCUCCGAGCUGGACGAGGAGCGUGCAGAGUGUGCCGUCAUCGGCACCCUGUUCAAGCAGCAGCAGCUGAAGCCCUCCAUUCUGAAGGAGAUUAGCGAGGAGCACAACCUGAUGCCUCAGCCGCCGCGGGAGCGGUUCAUCAGCGACUCUGACCACCUGAUACUGGAGGACGAGGGCGCCAGGAUCCGACUGGAGGGAAACAUCGACCCGCAGCAGUAUGUCAAUGGUGUAGUGUGUGCCGUGGUCGGCAGGGAAGAAGUCUCCGGGAAGUUCAAAGUCCGUGACGUCUGUUUUCCGGAUCUUCCGCCGCAGACAGUUGACCGACCCAUUCCCGACAAUGACAGUUACGUGCUGCUGGUAUCCGGACUCGGCCUGGAGGCCUCCGGUAACCUGUUCCCAGCUCAGCUGCUCGUUGACCUGGUCACGGGUCAGCUCGGGUCAGAGGAGGAGCAGACAGAAAUGGCCGCCGUGACCCGGGUCAUAGUGGCCGGGAACUCACUGAGCGCCAGCAGCCGGGACAGCCAGUUCCUAAAGCGGGCGGCGUACCUGACGUCAGACGUGGCGGGCCAAUCGGCGGCCGCCGUCCGCUCGCUGGACGAGCUGCUCCAACAGCUGACGGCCAGCUGCGACCUGGACCUCAUGCCGGGCGAGUUUGACCCGACCAAUCACCUGCUGCCGCAGCGACCCAUGCACCCGUGCCUGCUGCCCAAGGCGGCGGCGUACCGUACGUUCCACGGCGUCACCAACCCGUACCAGGCGGUGGUGGGAGGCCGCAGACUGCUGGGCUCCUCCGGCCAGAACGUGCACGAUCUCUACAGGUACAGCGCGUGCGACGACCCUCUGACGUGUCUGGAGCGUCUGCUGACCUGGGGCCACCUGUGCCCCACGGCGCCCGACACACUCACCUGCUACCCCUACUACGACAAGGACCCCUUCACCAUCGACCAGUGCCCCGACCUGCUGUUCGCCGGCAAUCAGACCAAGUUCGCCACCAAAAUGUGCCGAGGAUCACAGGGUCAGCGAGUGCGUCUGCUCUGCCUGCCCGAGUUCCACCGAACGGCCACGUGCGCCCUGGUGAACCUGCGCACUCUGGGUGUGAGGCGCAUCACCCUCGGCUCCGCGCUGACGCAGAAUGGGGAGGAGGCGCAGCCGGAGAAGUGAUGAGGGGGGGGGGAGGGAAGAGUGAUGAGAGGGAAAGUGAUGAAGGAAAGGAAAGUGAUGAAAACAGUGAGGAUGUGGUUGAUGGAAUGUAAAGCCGUACAGUGGAAUCGGCUAUGAGAGGGCCGAGGAGCGAGUGUUUUGUUUCGAUUGUGGGAUAGCUAAGGAUAGCGAGAAAGCGACGGAGAGUGAAAGUGGAAAUAGGAGGUGAACAGUUGCAAGAAUGAGCGGUGAUGUAUGAUCGAUGAGAAAUGAACAGCAGUGAGAUGUUUCACUCCUCAGUUUUCACCAAAACUUUCGGGACAAUAUUGCGUCUAGCGUCUAGCCAUCUUCACAUGUUGUACUUGGCCGCUGUUUUGCUCCUGAUAUUACCCAAGUGCCGUUUUAAAACAUUGUUCCAUACUUUAGCUGUUUGCCCCCGCGUUUUUUUCAAGUCCCCUACAGGUUUUCUAAUAUGUAAUGUUGUGUUCCUUCAAGCUUUGCCGAUGCUGUUUGCAUGUCGUUAACAUCUCAUUUCAUUUUUGUUUCGCUAAACGUCCAGCGCUAUACGGAGGUCUGAAGUGAGAGAGUCUGCUCCAAAAACUUAGCGAUCUGUGCUUGUUCUGCUCUGAGUCACUAGACAAUAUCAUAACCGCACGUCGCGUUGAAGCUGUUCAACCC